AUCCGAUAAACGUUCACGACAUUAUGUCUGCAGCCUCGCGCCUAUAAUAAUGCUAAUAUAUCGCGUUAUGUUUACCAUAUAGGUGUAUAGUACAGCACAGCGGGUUUGAUUCGUGUGUAUCGCGGUAUAUUCGUCGGUUUGUGGGUGGUGAUGCAAAGGUUGAGGGUCCGGCUGGAAAUGGCGGACAGAGAGAGACUGUCGCUGCAGAAGCGGAAAAAAUGAACAAAUCAGACAAAGCGCCGAAUUUUCCUCCAGGCCGUUUGCGAUCAGGAGACGAGACAGAUCGGACAUCUGAUCACCGGGAGGCGCACUGAUCGCGUGCUGUACGAUGGUCCUGACAGCAAACCUGGACACCUGUGUCCUUCAGCAGGUGAGGUUUUCUGUUGAGAGACUCUGAAGGGUCAAACUAUAGCAGCAGUUCUGGAGGAGGAGCGGGUGUUCCGGUGGCGUCACGCCCUGCUGCAGGGUAUGGAGUACCACACUUCAGGGACGUUACCUCUCCUGGGCAGCCCGCGCUACUGCGCCGGAGCAAACAGCGCCAGCGGAUACCUGUGUCAGUCCGGCCACUGCUGUCAGGAGACCGGCUGCUGUACAUACUACUAUGAGCUCUGGUGGUUCUGGUUGCUAUGGAGCGUCCUCAUCUUGUUCAGCUGUUGUUGUGCGUAUCGUCACCGUCAGGCAAAACAGCGAGUGCAACAGCAGCAGAGACAGCGAGAGAUCAACCUCAUGGCGUAUCACGGAGCGUGUAGUUACCCCUCCUCCAUGUUUGACCUCAGUUUCCUUGCUUCACUUAAACUUCCGUCCUACGAGGAAGUGGCAGCCCAGCCCAGCACCCCGCCCCCUCCCUACAGUUCUGUAGCUUACCCUCGAGGCUCCGGCCACCCCGGCCCGAGUCACAUGCUGUCGUCCCAGAGUUCUGACAACUACACCAGCUGCUCCUGUGACUCCUGCUGUCCAUCAUCUCCUUGUAGCUCCUCCCCAUCUUCCGCUCAGCUCACGGAUGAGACGGACACGAGCCACGCCUCCACGCCCUCCGUCGGCGAGCCUCGUCACGGCUGCAUAGCGGCAGUCGUAACGCACACCGAGACGGCUCUUGCGGUUCCGGUCGACGAUUGCAGCCGAUCCACAGCUGUUAUAGAGGCGGAGCUGACAGUCUCCACCCCCCUGGACUGCAACGGAAACCAAACGAUGAUCACAGUCAGCAACGAACCCAAUGAGACGUGUGAUGCGGCCCACGGCAGUCUUGGUGACGUGUCGUCUCAUAAUAUAACCAGACCGACCGCCCCGGUGACUCCGCCCUCUCCUCCGACCUCCACGUCUCUGCAUCUCUUCUCCGUCUCGACCCUCCCCGACCCGCUGGGAGUUCAGCUACAUCCUGCAACACGGAGGGAGGAGCCUGCACAGGACGCCCCGCCCCCACAUUCUCCGCCCAGAUCUGUCGUCUUCUCUCCCGGCGUUGAACCCGAGCGCCGCGACUCCUCCGUGAGCGACCUGGAUGUGGACCAGACGCACUUUCAGCAGCGACGGUUGACCGGUGACUCCGGGAUCGAGGUGUGCCGCUGCCGCGUCGAGGAGGACGAUGAGGAGGAAGGUGAGGUGAGGGUGGAGAUCAGCACCAGUGACGCCCUCCACGAUAGCCCGGACUGUUCCGAGAGAGCCAGUCGGGAAGCGGUUGGGAAAAUGGCGUGGCCCGUCUCCGAGACACCCCUGGAGGCGGUCGUCAUCGCCAUGGAAACCGACUAAUAGAGAAGGGUAGCGUGCAGAUCUCUUGAAUGAGUUGUGGCACCGACAUCAGUGACGGAGUCCAGCUGUGGCCGAACAGACACAACAUUAGUCUUUAGAGUUCUUUAUGUCCGUCUGUCUGUCCGUUCUCUCGUCUUUCUCUGUCACAGACUGUUGACUAAAGGUGCUUACACACUAGAGAGAGCUGGAAUGAAAUGCCUCAGAUCAACUUUGAGGUCGAGUCGUGUUGUAAAGAAGCUCAUUGGAUCGUCUGAAAGUGUCACAGCAUUGAAAGCAGCGUGAAGUCAGACGCAGAUCUUUAAAUGUGUCACUGUGAUGUUUUGACGGACCCUCACAAGGCUGUCAGACUGCUUCAGAUGCUGUGGAAU